AUGCCACCCUCGACGCGUAUCCCAGCGCUCCUUCAACCCUACGUCCAACUACCGCACGACUCGAUCCUCCUGCUCACGAGCACCCUCGGCGCGAGCGCGAACUGGCUGCUCAUCCGCUUCCUCUGCAAUGAGCUGGGCACACAGGAUGGCGGGGACGAGGGGCACAACGUCGUCCUCGUCUCUUGGAUGAGAGAAUACGACUUCUGGAAGCAGGAGGCGCGAAAAGGCGCAGCGCUUGAUCUGGACAAGCUGAGGAAAGAGGGACGCUUUGCCUUUGUUGAUGGACUGGGUGCUGGUGGGAAUGCGCCAGACAGUACAGCAGAGAGACCAUCGCGAACCGAUGCGCAAGCAACACCACGAGUCCCGGUAUCGAAUGCGACACCACAGAGAGGGCCACAGAUAUUGCCUGCGCGAGGACCGCCUGGACGGAUAGUGCCUGCGAGAGGGCCACCUCCAUCCGCCCCAGCGGCGGCGCCAGCUACAUCACUAGCUACGACCAUCGCGAACGGCCCGGCGAGUACAAACCAAAGCGUCCCCGGACACUAUACGCUCAAGAGCCUCGAGAUCGCAGACAUCAAGUCUACUAUCUCCAGCGCCAUCUCCCCACUCGCUACAUCCCCCGCCCGAAAGACGCUCAUCAUCUUCGACAACCCCGAUCUCCUCCUCGCGCUCAACCCAGCCAUCACACCCUCCCACUUCACCACCCUCAUGCUGCAAUUCCACACGCUACCGAACGUAUCCCACAUCCUCGCGCACCUACAAGCCGACAACCCACUCCUCAGCCUCUCCACACCUCCGCAGCCGCUCGAAGUGGCGCAUCAUAACUUGGUUGUCAAAUGCGCACACAUGAGCAGGAGGAUACUAGGUGUCAGAGUAUUAGACACUGGCGUCGCGAGGGAUGUGAGCGGUGUGAUACGCAUCACUGAGCAGAGAAAGCAAUGGUUUGAUGUGGGCUUUGGCAUUGAAGCUAACAAGGAUGGCGACGACAGUGGGAGAGGCAAGGAGUUCUUGUAUCAGGUCAAGAGCGACGGCAGCGUAAGGGUGUUCGAGCGUGGUGCUGGAGGAGAAGGCUGA